AUGGCCCUGCCUGCCCAGCCCUACUUCUGCCUGACCUGCAGCCCCCUUGGCCUGAUCUGUCUGUCCCUCUUGCUCAUCCCAGCCACAGCCGGAAGCUACUGCGAAUGCAGCCUGGGCCUCAGCCGCGAAGCCUUCAUUGCUCUGCUUGUGGUGUUGGCUGGCAUCAGCACCAGCUGCUUCUGCGCUCUGGUCAUUGUAGUGGUGGGCGUCAUGCGGGCCAAUGACUCAAGCACCCCUGGACAAGUGGACAGCAGGUUGGUGGGACACUCUGGGGUCCAGGAGGACCACAUGGAUCUGCACACAGUGCACGUGGAGUCCCACCUCAUGGACCCUGACCUGGACGCCUCUAUGAUGGAGGACCAGGGUCUUGAGACGGUGCCCAUGGAGGUUAUGGACAUGUCCCCCCCACCAUCAGAGCAGGGCUGA